GUGUGAUGAAAUUACUAAAGAAUGUGAUGCAAAAAUUGUAAAGAAGCACAUUUCAACAUUCCUUCAAAUUUCUUUAUUACUUAAUUGAAAUCUAAAUAUUGUGUAAAAAUAUGUCCGGUGAUAAAUUAGUUUCUUCUCAAAUAACUAGAAAUGAAGUAAUUAGUUUAGUGUUUCGCUUGACAUUAUUCGGUGCUUUAACAUACUUCGGAGUGCGAUGGAUGGUAAAAGCAAUUGAUCCAACUCGAAAACAGAAAGUUGAAGCUCAAAAACGGGCUGAACGAAUUCUGAACAGAAUAGGAGUAAAAAAUGUUCGGCUUAGUGAAUAUGAACUUUCUAUUGCUGCUCAAUUAGUUGAUCCAUCAACAAUAAAUAUAUCAUGGGAUGAUAUUGCUGGAUUGGAAGACAUCAUUCAGGAAAUAAGGGAAACUGUUAUUCUUCCUAUUCAAAAAAGUGAACUGUUUUCUGGUUCUAAUCUCAUACAACCACCAAAAGGUGUGCUGUUACAUGGACCCCCUGGUUGUGGUAAAACUAUGAUAGCAAAAGCUACUGCUCGAGAAGCAGGUGCUCGUUUCAUAAAUUUGGAGGUUUCUUCCUUAACGGAUAAAUGGUAUGGAGAAAGCCAGAAGUUAGCUGCUGCUGUGUUUACUUUGGCAAUAAAAAUACAGCCAUGCAUUAUUUUCAUUGAUGAAAUAGAUUCUUUCCUCCGUUCUAGAGAUACAUUUGAUCAUGAAGCAACAGCUAUGAUGAAAGCACAAUUUAUGAGUUUAUGGGAUGGCUUGAUAACAGAUCCAGACUGUCAAGUUAUUGUGAUGGGGGCUACUAAUCGCCCUCAAGAUGUUGAUAGAGCUAUUCUGAGACGUAUGCCUGCUAUGUUCCAUAUUGGCCUCCCUAAUCCAAAACAGAGGUGUGGCGUCCUAAAACUUGUGUUGGAAAAUGAAGUGAUUGCUGAGGAUGUAAACAUUGAAGAAAUAGCUAAGCUAACUGAUGGAUUUUCUGGAAGUGACUUACGAGAGCUGUGCCGUAAUGCAGCUUUGUAUAGAGUCCGGGACUACUGUAAUGCAGAAUUGAAAAACAAAAAUGAAACUGACGGUUCUCCAGAUGCUGAAGUGUUUCAUGACGCUCUACGGCCAAUAAGCAUGGAUGACUUCUUAAAUGCUUUGGGUCGAAUGAAAGAUUCUAAGGUUCAUACUAGCUCAAAAUAUAGACCCCGAGUUCCUGAACUUGAUUAGUGAAAUUCGGCUUGGCACAUAUAGGUUUUUCAAGUUCACAGUUUCUCAAUAGCUUAGCAGCUUUCAGACCAUCAUUAUAACUAGUUAUUUUCAUCUCCAUAUAUCUGGCCUUCAGAUUCUUUCUUUCCGUGGGAAUUACAAUGCUUACCUGUUGUAUAUAUAUAUAUGAUUUGACUUGAAAUAAAUUGUACAUAUAUAGUGUGUAGCUUAUAA